GAUAAAGAUUCAGGUCCCAGGGAGAGAGCAAAAACUGGAAAAUCUUACAGAGAAGAAAGGAGAAACCGGUGGAGAAAAAGGAGGAAGAGGGAGGAGAAAAGGACAGUCAAGUGCCCAAGAGUCUUCCAGAAUCCAGACCCAUACUCAACUUCCUUCAUCCGUCCCCCACAUAGAGAGAGAGAGAGAGAGAGGGAUAAAAUGGGUGUAAGAGGUGUAAGGUUUCAGCCUUUGUUGCUGUUAAAAACCGCCCUUAGAAAAGGAAUACACGCCUAGGAAAAAGAACAGAGAGAGAGAGUGAGGGAGAAUCACUGAACUAGUGCGGAUUAGCCUCUUUUUUUCUUUCGUGUCUCUGCUAUUUUUGGGUAUGGGUCUUGUCUGCAACUGGGUUUUGAAUCUGUAAUCAAUGGGUAAAUUGUAGGAACCAUUGCAACUGAAAUACCAGCGAAAGAAACAGAGACCGCUAAAAGGCGAAGGAGGGAGAGAAUGAAAUAGCCACAAAAUACAAGCUUUUUCUUCUUUACCUGUCGAUUCACGGUUGGCUCUUAAUGUCUGGUUUUGAUCAUGAGCCUUUUUUGUUUGUGUGCUUGAAACCAGAAGAAAACUACUAGCCUCUGAUUCAAAGGAAAACCGAAACAGCUCUGCUUUUUUUCUUAUUAUUUUUUUCCUUUUAUUUUAAAUUUUCGUUCUUUAUAUUUACUUGAUCGUGGUGGUUUUGGGGAGGUAGCUAGAUUCCAUUAUAGGCUCCAUUUCUGGUUUCCUGGUUUCUGGGUAUUGGAUGAGUGGUGGUUUUCUGCCAUGGCUGCCAUGAACCAUCCUUUUUGAUCGGUUGUAGUAAAGAGUUUGCAACAGAGAUCCCAUUUUCUCCGUAUGUUAAGCGUUUCAGUUUUGCCAGCCAAUACCAACUUCAAAGAUACAUGACGGUUUUUCUGUAGAUUUCCAAAUGAUUGUAGAGAAACGAUAGGUUUUUCGGGGAAUCUGAUAGUGGUAAGUGAUGCUUAGGAAUAGAUCGAGAUCAGUGACAUCUAAGCAAUCUCUCAUGGCUGAUCAUGGCUCUAUCCCAUCUCCAACGGAUAGAUUAAUGAGGCAGGCUUCGUCUUUCUUCAGUUCUCCAAGGCUGUUUACAGGAUUCUCUGCAAAGGGUUUCUCUGAAAUGGAUGCAGUGAUGAGCCCAACUUCAAUACUUGAUAAUAAACAAUUCUCUGGUCUUGGAACCCCCACUUGGUCCGAAAGAAACACUCCCAGAUCCCCUAGUCUGGAGAACAAGCAUCCAUGGGAGAAACUGGAAUCAGGAGGAGUUGGGCUUGGUCUAGUUGACGUCCUCAAUGAUGAAACAACUAACAAGAAGUUCUCCAAACCUGAUAGUCGGAUGGUUCUAUUUGGAUCGCAGCUCAAGAUUCAAAUUCCUCAGCUCCCACCUUCCGUCCUGUCCCCAACCGAAUCCCCCAAAUCUCCUGCAGAUUUCGGUAUCAAGACCCGGAAUUCUCAGUUGGGUUCUUUCUCCCCUUGCUUAUCUCCAUACUCUGCGAACAAAUCUCCAUUUGGAUCUGCAAAUUCAGGCCUUGAAACUCCUGGCUCUUCCCGGGUUUUUACCCGUUGUCUAUCUGCAAGCGAGAUGGAGCUUUCAGAAGAUUACACUUGUGUCAUCUCCCAUGGACCGAACCCUAGAACGACACACAUCUUUGACAAUUGCAUUGUGGAAAGUUGCUGUGGAGUUGUUGGGUUAUCUGGGUCGAGGAAAGAGAAUUAUUUCUCCAAUCGGUCGAACUUCCCAUCCGAGUAUUUCCUCAGCUUCUGCUAUGCCUGCAAGAAGGAUUUGGGACAGGGGAAGGACAUCUACAUGUACAGGGGCGAGAAAGCAUUUUGCAGCCGUGAAUGUCGUUACCAGGAGAUGAUGUUCGACGAGGGAAUGGAGAAAUCUGAGUUGGAUGAUGAUCGUUGAAUCUGCCCUUAAUUAACUUAAUUCUUCAUGUCUUUGUGUCUUUUCCCUUGCAUCACAGAGCUGCAGAAAUGUUUCAGCCAGUUGAAGAGGGAGUUUAGUCUGUAAAUUGUCAAUUUUUCUAUAAUACCGAUUUCAGUCAAAUUGAGGGGAACUGAGGUAUGAACUGUCAAUCGAUAAUCGAUGAUCGAUCAGAGGAAUGGAGAUUAGACUGACUAGAUUCGAAGAUGGUGAUUCAAGUUGAUUAAAGUGAAAGACUCUGUUUCCUGUUCUCGUAGUUUUCCUUAGUUUCCUCAAUUGUUCUUGCUGUUUUCUCAUACAAAGAAUCUGAUAAGCUUGGAUUAUUGUAGAGUUGGAUUUUGGUAGUGAUUUACUGGAGAAGAAGAUGAUGGUGGUGGUGGUGGCUAUUAUCAAUUAUGUCUAUUAUCCAAAGUUUUUGUUUUUGACUUCUUUAGAUUGAUGAUUGAUGAAACCUUGUCAUCAUCUUUUUUAAUUUUAUACACUAAUCAUAAUUAUGGAGAUGCUCUUUUCUUUA